GAUGUUGAUCGGCUACAUUCGCCUUGGGUGGUCCGAAACCGAUACGAUGGCCCGUUUCGCUGUCGGCGCACUUCGCCUCCUCCUCCUCCUCCUGCCACUCUUCCUCGUCGACUCCCGCCUCGACCAUAUUGGGGUGUCGUCCGAUCAGGCGACGAACACGAUCAACGGCGAUGACGAGAUCGUGGGGACGAGAUGGGCGGUGCUCAUCGCGGGAUCCAAUGGCUAUUAUAACUAUCGUCAUCAGGCUGAUGUCUGUCAUGCAUAUCAAAUCUUGAGGAGGGGCGGGCUAAAAGAUGAGAACAUCGUUGUUUUCAUGUACGAUGAUAUUGCAAACAAUGAGGAAAAUCCUAUACCCGGAGUCAUAAUCAAUGAUCCCCAGGGUGAGAAUGUGUAUGCGGGAGUACCAAAGGUUUGCAUUUGCUUUGUUUAUGAAUGGGGUUAUCGUCCAUCAGUAUCAUCGACCAUUUAG